UUGGACAGGUCUGUAAAUACAACCACUGUUGUUACCUCUUCCUUUAAUCACCUUACAUCCUAACACAUUUACCUGCCAAAGACCGCCAAUAUGGCUUCUCUCGUCCUCGAGUUUGUUGAUGUCCUAUUGAGCGCUGUCCAACUUGGAGAUUCGGAGAAAGGUAUGCUUUCAAGCUACUUUCAGAAGCAUGCUGAGCAUGCCAAUGGAAAUAAGUUAGCAGCGCAAGCUUUGGAAGUAGUCCUCACGUCUCUUGAAUCGAAUCCGGCUAUUACCGGUCUUCAUCGAGAGGUUCUUCAGAACUUGGUCUGUCUCCUCCAGAGUGAGGCUACUGGUACCCAGGAGAAGCAGCCGACUUCGACCCAUCACGCUUUAAAGCCCAUGGAUACUAAGACUUCCACUAGUCUCAAAUCUGUCCAUGAUGGAGCUAUCUGUCUCAAUCGUGGGGCUUCUUUCAGUCAUGGGUCUUCUUCCAUGAAUAGAGUUGUCGGAACCCAUAAGGAAUACAGCUUGAAACACUCCAUUUACCAGGAUGGUGAUAGUUUCUCCCAGCAUGGUUCCUCAUCGUCAGCAACCAGUAGUGCAAGACUGGUAUCUGACGGAGUCUUCGAUACCGCGAUUAAUCCGACUCUUACGAAAUUUGCAGACGACACAGUGACUCGCGGUAUUCAGCAUACGGAGUUGGAGAACCCUGAACCCACUUCUCUUAGACCUGUCGACCUUAUCAACGUCCCCACCAAGAGGGUAUCCGGUUCAGCCGCAUCUCCUCUUUUCAUCACAACUGACGACUCCGGACUUCUUGUCCGCAGCGGGGAAUACGGGAGGUCAAAUCGUAGGAUGUUACCCCACGAAUGGCGAGAGCCUAUUCCUCUUGGAAAGUUGCAAGGCACAAAGGAAUUGCAAGCUAUUGAGGCCGCCGAGGAGCAACUCCGUGUCUCUGGAAAUUCUGGGGUUCAAUCCGACAAUGAGAUCGUCGAGGAUUUUGUUCAGCAGCUUACUAAGUACAACACGGAGGACUCGUGGGUUGGCGAAUCCCCUAAUGCGAAGCAAGGUAAAGCCACCGACUAUAACCACUGGGGUAGCUAUCAACCGGAAAACUCAAGAUAUGCUUCCCAACGCCGAGAGCCGCGUCGUAGCGGGGGAGAUUCUACUAGAGCAGAACAGCCGACACAGAACAGCAAAGGUGCUCCCCAACUCGAGAGCCAGGGCGGUUGUCGUACCCCUCCGCGUCGUCGCUAUAUGGGUAGGCUGAGGUCCGAUUCAGUCUUCGGCUGGGGUCCGGGAAGUGAAGAGAAUAAUACUUCCUUUAGGAAGUGGAAAGAUACUGUUAAAGUCAGAGGCUCCCCGACACCAUCAGAGUCUGUCUCCCAGCAUGCUGUGAGCUGGACAUCCGAUUUAGCGGAGAACCUGCGAAAUCAUCCACCGAAGCUUACAGGGGAUAUCUGGUGAAUUGCCAUCCAAACAAAUUCGCCAACUUAAUUGGGCGCUGCUCUCGAUCGAAUUCUCGCUGUCAAACAGCAUCUGACGUAGGGAUUGAUUCGAUGCUUCCUGAUGGUCUAUACGCAUCCGUGUUUUUCAUUUUUACACUGUUUCAUGACAUUUGGCAAGGCGGUCUCUUUACAAUGGAUUGCCAACCAAGCUUGAUAAUUGCCACGAUGAAUUGUUGAGUUUGAAUGAAG